AUGCAACUUCCUUCCAUUCACAACAAUCUCGAAACUGCAAUAAUCUCUCUGCAAAAGAAAAACCCUAAUUACGUUUUCACAAAUUCCAUUUACUCCUUCUGCAAAUGGGGUGUUCUCGUUAUCGCAUUCCUCGCCACCUUCCGCACCAUCACCAACAUUCUCAUCAUCAGGUUCAGCCAAACCGCUCCUUCUCUCUCCUCCAUCCUCGAUGACGAUGACUUUAGUGACAUUGACGAAGACGAUGUCGUUUCUGUAUCCUCGUCUAAUUCCGAUCCCGAAGAUGAAAGCGAAGAAGACACAGCUAAACACAGAGAUGGAGAAUAUUUCCGUGUUAGAGGCACAAGCAACGAUGACGGAGGAUUCUUGCGCCGGCGAAGCAUCGGCGACCUCUUCUCGCUUGCGGAAAUCGCCAACAGCAAGAGCGUUGUGAAGCUAUGGGACACCAUAGGAUUAGGGCUGAGGUUAGGUUUUGAUAAUUCUGAUUGCUCAGACGACGAAUCUGUUUACGAUCACAAUGAGGAACCGGGAACCUGCUCCGUUGCCUCCGGCAACCCUCCGGCUCCGGUGAUGUCUUGCGCAUCAGCAUCGCCCGCGGUCGUGGUUUUAGGUGGAGAGAGCGCAUCGGGGAAUUUGGCAGUGAGGCUUUGGGACAGCAGGAUCCGGAAACGAUCGCCGGCGGUGGUUGCAGAGUGGGGGCCUACAUCCGACGGGGUUGAUAAGGCUUACGUCAGAGAUGACGGUCGUUACGUGUUGAGAGUUGGUGACAUAAGGAACGUCAAGUUGCCGUUAGCGAACGUCAAAGCAUCCUACAUAGAUAAUACGUGGUGGCCUAACUCCUUCCACCUUCUUCUUCCUCCAAUUUAA